GUAUCAAAGGUUUUCAAAAAGAAAAAAGAAAACAACAUCAACGUCGUAUUAUCAUUGUCACCACUUUAAAAUUCUAAGAGAAUUUUAUUAUUUUAACCAUGCGUCGUGUCUUUUGUGCUGCUUUACCACAGACUGUGGUGGGCCGAUUUGUAUCUGCUCGCUGGCAAUCAUCCGAUUCCGCAGAUAACAAAAGUGAUGAAAAUCCGAAAUUGCCUGAAAAGGAAGAGUUGCCUUCGGAUUCGAAUAUGCUAACAAACUAUAAAAGACUGAAAACCGAGCUUGUGGAGGUUAAGAAACGUAUUGAUGAAUACAAAAAGGAUAUCCUGUAUUGUGUUGCUGAUCUUGACAACUUUCGAAAGGAGUCUGCGAGAAGCAUUCAGUCUGCUAAACAAUCUGCUGUGUCUGAAUUCGCAAAAGAUAUGCUGGAGACGGCAGACGAUUUGGAAAAGGUUAAUUCCCUAUGCGAAAGUUAUCGAAAGGAAAAUAAUGAAAUCUCGCGAUCUGUCCAAUCCAUACUAAACGGUCUAGAUCUUUCAAACAAGGUGUUGCUUCAACUUUUUGAGCGACAUGGUAUUGAGCGAUUAGAAACUAAAAUUGGAGAAAAAUUUGAUCCUCGUUAUCAUAAUCAGUUAUUUACCAGCCCUUCAUCAGAUGAAUUUCCGUCGAACUGCAUCACAAAAGUAAUCAAAAACGGGUAUAAGAUGGGGGAUACUGUUAUCAGGGCUGCGGAAGUUGGUGUGUCGGAGGCUCCUCAGAAGUAAGAGGUAGCUAAAGUUCUAACAUACGUUUUUAAAA